GGGGGGGGGGAUAAGCGGAUGAGGAGGAAGUAGUGGGGGGUUGGGGCGCGCAGCAGAGAUACAAUUAAUGUAAUGAGCGCGGCCGCGAGAGAUGAUGUCAGGACUGUGAGAGUCUCGCUGACUUCCCUGCUUCGCGCUCUGGGCACAGCUCUGGACUCCGGAUAGCAGCAGUGAGAGUUGUGGAUGGAGGCAGGGGAAGGCUGUGUGUGUGUAGAUUCUGCACAUUGGCUCUCAUGCGCACGAUUCAUCAUCAGGCGUGGGGCAGCAGCAUCUCGCGCCCGACUCCGCCUGCACCGACGAGGAGGCUUCGCCGUCCGAGACGGAAUCAAUCCACGCGCGCCCACGCCCAUUAUCUGCACGUAUUCAUCCAUCUGGCUCAUUCGUUAACUGGCCAAUUGCAAGCGCGAAUAUUUGUAUGAUUAUUUUCUCGACGUUAUUUCGCGAGCGGAGAACAAGGGGGCUAGAUGCCGGAGCCCGUCUCGACCGCAGCGAUGGUCGGAUGCCUCUGCUGAAGAGACCGUCCGCUUGGUGCUCGGCUCUCCACGCGGUGAUGUCCGCGGCCGGGGCACUGCUCCGCGGAUUCAGCUCCCGGAAUCGGAGUGAGGGAGGAGGAGGAGGAGGCGGUGGGGGCGCCGCACAGCCUGGGGGAUCCAAGCGCCACCUGCGAGGCCGCAGCCGUGGCCGUGGCCGGCGGAGAAAGUACGACCCGGACGUGGUGGUGGUGAAGGGCAAGGUGCGCGUCCUCAGCUUCUCGGGGGUGUUCACCGCCUUCGGGGUCCUCAUCUUGGUGGUCGGCGUGGCCAUGGCCGCCAUUGGCUAUUGGCCAAAGGGCAACACGACCCGUGCCCUCUCCUCCAGCUCCACAACCGCAUCAACCGCUUCCUCCUCUUCAACCUCAUCCUCCGCCGCCGCCGGCAACGCGACCUCCGUGACCGAGCGGCGCAACGGCACCGGGGAGGCUGUGCCCGGCCCCAACGUGACCUCGUCCGCGACCCCAGGCCGCACCUCUGGCCCCGAGCAGGGCUUUCUGGCGGCGCAGCUGCACUCGUACCGCAUGAAAGUGCUGGGGCCGCUCACCAUGGGCAUCGGCAUCUUCAUCUUCAUCUGCGGCAUCGCGGCCCUCUACGAAAACCGCGACCGUGAGACCAAGGUCAUCCACUUGCGUGACAUCUACUCGGCCAUCAUCGACACGCACCACCACCACCACAACCACCGCAGCACCAAGGGGGCCGCGGCGCCAUCUCGCGGCCACGUCAACGGCCUCGCGGGACGGCAGGGCGCCGACCAAAUCGCUCGCUGCUACGAUGCUCAGUGCGCGGCGCGGCUCACGGCCAGCAUGCUCCUCACCCUGCCGUGCGCUAUCAGCGACCCAAAGUUUUCAGCGGAUCUGUGCGACGACCUCCGCCAUGGAGACCCCUUGGGCAUCCUGGGCGCUCCGUUCCGUGGCGGCCGCUCUGGGUCACUCUACACCAUCCACUCGGAGACGUGUCCCCGCAGCCCGCGCAGCCCACGCAGCCCCCGCGAGGAGAAGGGCCUCCCCAGCAAGGCGUCCAAAGCUCCGUGUCGAGCCACUUCCAUCGUGUCCUCGUCCAUCACUGCGUUCACGCUUCCCGUCAUCAAGCUCAACAACUGCGUCAUCGACGACGCUGGUGACCUCGCCGUUGCGCCUCCGCAUCGCUCUGACGUGACGGCGGAGAGCGGAGGUGGUGAUGGAGACCGAGAGAAAGCCAGGUCCUUGUCUCUCGUGGACGUUAGCAUUGCCUCCGGCGCACAGGGACAGACGGAAGGUUCCCCCGCGGCCACAGAUGGACCUGAAUCUGUCCCGGAAGUAUCUCCUUACGGGGAAGGGGGAGACGCGGACGUUGAGAAGGAAGACGUGGUGCCGCCACUUCGCGUCGGCUCGGGUGUGGAGCCCUCGGAGCAGCCGAAAGUCGCCUCUUCCACCGCGUCCUCGCCUCCUGCCUCGUCCCCCACCUCGUCUCCCUCCUCCUACCGGCCCAUGAAGCGGCAGUACUCCAACAAGGAGAAGCUCAUCAUGAUCUCGCGCUUGAACCGCAACGUGAGCUUCGAGGUCGAAGAGGAAUUUGUGCGUCCCGCCUCUCCGCCACAUGGCCCCAACCCUUCCGAGACGCAUCUCUAAAUAAAGACAGAAACUUAUCGUGGCAUGAGAUUUUAGGAGGCUACCAAUGCCGCCCUGGGUGAAGUGUGCAAUCCUUCCACGAGUCCGCCCGAGACUACGAAACCAGGACAGGAGUUGUAGCCUCCUCAACCUGGAAACAGGAGCCAAUGCCGACUCCGUGUCCAAAGGAUUAGGGAUGCUGCUCACGACUCAGAUACGCAUCCUCUGUGAGUCCCAUAAUUCAUUGAAAAUAGCAUAGACACGGAGGGAUUAGUUGGAUAUUUGGGGGCCGCAUUUAACUUUUUAUUACACGUCCCACGUCUCGCACAGCUAGCAAUGUUUACAUUAAGAGAGAGAAUUGUGAUCUUGCCUGAUUACGCCCACGCUUACACGGUGAGCUGGUGUUUGUAGCAAUCAACUUCACAGCCACGUGUUGUAUGAGACGGUGUUUUAUGGGAGGGUGUUGUAUGUAAUAGGCAAGCGGCCCACGCACGCACGUGCACCGACGUGCGCAGGAAGACUCAACCAAGAUGAAGUUGCGCGCUGCUGUUCCCGAGGACUGCGGACCGGGGGAAGCGAAGCGCGAUGAAGCAUGCUGACAGUCAAGGAGUCGAUUAAUUGGUCAAUUAGUGAAACAAUCGCCAAGCUGAGUCUUUUACAUCCGCAGUUUUCUUUGCAGAAAGCGAUUAAAUGCAGCGGUGAGUGGUUAGUGAAGAGAACCUCGAAACGAAGAACAUCACUGCCCACUGCCUCUCUGCCCACUGUCUCUCUGUCUCUGUGUGAGUCUUUGUGUAUAUCUUCGUCUCUCAGUGCGCGUUGGCCCGAUGUAUGCCACAAUGUCUAAUCUAUACGUGCCUGCAUAUCUUCAUCUCUCUCUCUCACUCAGCGUUUUCAUUGUGACUCUGUGUAUCUGUCUCUGUGUAUCUGUCUAGGCGUCUCUAACUCUGUGAAUCUGUCUCUGGGUCUCGAUUGGAGGUCACUGUGUGGGUGGACAAUCCCUCUGUCGUGUUGAAGUCACGCACAAGAGGAGGGCUAAUGUCUAUUUUUAUAGCUGUUUUUGCGCGAGAGAUUUAGAGAGCGGUGAUGGUGUUUAUCCAAACACUGGCCAGAAAUGUAUGGCCUCUGUAUAUACUUUGAAUAUCUAAAUAUUUUUGUCCCGCCAGGGCGUCUAUAGGGAAACUAAAUGAAGCGAGUGUUAUUUAUUUAUUUGAUUGUCUCUUGCAGGGGAGUUCUGGCAGGGGACUACAGAACAUUCUCUUACAAUUUGUCAUAAGUCCGGCACGCUACGAUUGUGACUGUAUGAAUUCCCAAUGUCGUAAGUCCCUUAUUUAUUCGGAGCUACGACAAGGCUUCUCUUGAACCGAACGUACGCCAUCUCUAGGAUGUCGUAAGUUGUUCGGUACUAUUAUGGACCCCGGAGUAGAGGGAGACCAGUUAUCAUCAUGGAUCGUGGCAUUGUAUGACCGCUAGGGACGGUGGAUGGUGGAGACUGAGGGUAGACAAUGGUUCAUGAUGAUGGUGACGGUCUCAUACAAAUGCCUGUGCAUGAACCUAAUUCGCUUCUUGAUGAAAACGCAUCUCGCUUACUCGGGUACAUGACCCGACCGUUUCACUUCACUCAUUCGCAAAGCCUCCGUGAGCCUCAUGGCUCGUUUUCUGGAGGCUCCUGCAUUAGACGCAUUACUUAUUCCGUUUUGAUUUUUUUAUUUGCAUAAGUAAAUAAACCUGAGUGCCAGGAUAUAUCCUACGCAUUCAUCAAAUUAGCAACCUACUUGCUAUACUGGCUACCUACCUGCCAUGCACUUGUGUAUGCUAUUGGAAAAAUGGACGUUUGAUUUAAAUGCUUUAUCUUGUUGUAAAUAUGCGAUUAAUUGUAAGCGCAGACAUGAGCUGAGUCCCCGGCGUAUGGGCCACGCAGCCCAUGUGGCACACGCGGGGUCUCUACUUGAGCCGGGGCUGUACUCGGAGCGAGCAGGGCUCCAUUAGUGCGUUGCUCCGACGAGCGCGUUGCGUUACCAAGCAGAGGGAGGCGGUGGAAUGUCGCCUCGCACAUUCGCGCAGGCUCUGGUCGUCGUUGAUCUGCCCGUGGCGUGCCUGGGUCAUCCCUUCGUCUUGCCCAAUGGAGCACGGAGGCUGUGCCGUGUAACAUUUUACUUUCUAGGUCAGGGCAAGCGGCACACGCAAACAAAUACACACGCGGACACAUAUACAGUAUACACAUGUUUGAACCAAGUAUACAGCAGUGUGUUUUGGCAGAGUAACUCCGGCCAUUAUUCGCACGCGUUACAUGUGCAUCAACAGCUGGCACAUGCACGCGUGGACACAUUCUGACACUGGAGCCUUGUAUUGAGGCUUAUUGGAGGUAAAGAUAUUGGGAUAUAAUGAGACAGAUACAAACAUGCAAAACUAUUUUAAACCAAUAUAUACCACUAUUAUAGGUCGACUGGGCCUGAAAUGAGUACCUGGUGCGGUGCGCAAACACCAACAAAGACAGCGGAGCGUGGUGCUGGCCACCCACCCCCACGUGUGCCGUGCUGGCCUUCACAAGGUAUCGCUAACAGCACCUGCACCAACAAUCUAUUAAGGCUAUACGGGGAUCUUUGUCUUUAUUUACGUAUGGAGCCGAUGCUGCAGCGGUUCGCAAGGUCCUACAAGCCCAGCAGCACAGAAUUUGAUUCGCAGCCACGGCUAACAUCAGUGGUCAGCCUUACCAUAGGUCGACCAAAUGAGUACCCGGCGCGGUGUGUAAACAUUGGUUCCGUAAGGAGACAGGCGGUCGUCGAGUGGUGCUGGCCACACCGAACCGCGUGCGCCGUUCUGGCCUUAGUUCUCUUUAAUGGCACUUGCCCCCAAAAGCAUACGGCUUCAGCGGGGGAUCGUUACCUUUCUUUAUACAGGCCUACUGCACGCGUGGCAGGCACGUGGUACUGAUGGAGAGACACAAAUAUUCUUUGUCCCAUGCGGCUGAGUGUAACCUGCAGGAGAGAUUGGUGCUCUGAGGUUGUUGUGCAUGCAUUGAUGUGUUAUAGUAAGGCGCGUUCACAUCUGGCCGUGUAGAGUAACAGGCACACGGGGAUUUAUAUUCAUUAUUUAGUAAUGUCACCCUAUCCAGCAGCUGACAUUCCCAAGACCUCAGGAGAGCAAAGCUAAAAGCUCAUUCGCUUCCCUUUUCCUCCAACUUGCCUGCACCAUUGCCAUGCAAUGUAAAGUCCUUUAUCGAUCCACUGCUAGAUGAAGGCCUCUCAAUACCUUUCGGUUAUGAAGUUUAUUUGACCAUUCUUCACCACGCUGGUCAAGCCGGCUUGGUGAAGUGGGGUGCGACCAGGAUGGCUUCUGGUAUCAUGGGGUCGCUGGUGUUAGCCGUGGCUGAGAAUCAAACUCAGGUAGCGAGGUUAAAUACAUGGGAAAACAAUCUCACCUUUGUUUGGCCUGCACUCCUCGCUACUGGUGAGCAGGGGAGGGGCGCGUACCCACAUCUGGUGAGCUAGCACUUUGGCAUUGCGUGUACAUUGACGCACGGGGUUAAUCCCUCUGAUUAGCACGGUUGGCUACGUACGGUGCGAAGGAAGUUCAACACACUGUACAUAUAUACAAUGGGAACCGAUUGUCAAGAGGAGGAGGAGGCUAGGGGCGCAGUUAGGGUGAGUGUUGGCGUUCAUGAAUACCGGGCGUGCUGCUGGUUUCAAGCAAAGUUGUGCCUCAUAUUCAUGGAGCAGAGUUAUGCUUUGGAAUGUUGCAAAUGCAACAUUUAUGAUUGGGCUAAGACUACGGUUUAUGUUAUGGCUCUAAUUAUAAGGCGAGCGGCUGGUCGUAUACAUAGCGUAAGUGAACAGUUCCAUUAGUUUCCCACGUGAAUCGCUCGCUGUAAAGCACAGAACGCAGUCACUCCAUGUGGCCAUAGACACAAACUCGACCGGGCCUUGGAGGGCGAGUUAAUGCAACCUAAAGCCUCUGUCUUGAUCGCGUUGUAGCAAGGGACUGUGUUGUUUCUUCUUUCCUUAUUUCACGUCUACAAUACAGCACAGUGUGAAUAUACCUGGUGACGUGAGUACAUUUAUAUUUUACAUACACAAACACAUCAUUAUU